AAGACAUUAGUUGAGCUGAAAACAGGAUAUGGGGUUGAUCUUGAUGCGUGGGACGACGACAUGUGCUUACCGAUGCUUAAGACACUUGUUCUUGACUCAGUUGGGUUUGGUAGGGGUCAGUUUCAGACACUGCUUCCUGCUUGUCCUGCCCUUGAGGAACUAAUGCUGCUUAACAUAGAGUGGAGAGAUGGGAAUGUGGUCUUGUCAAGUUCAACUCUCAAGAAGCUAAAGAUUAGCUCCGAAUGCCGCAGUCUAGGCACCUUUUCAAUUGAUACACCGAAUCUUGUCUUCUUGGACUACAGCGACUUUGUUGCCGAGGAUUAUCCAUUAGUUAACUUGACAAACUUAUUGGAAGCUACGAUCGAUCUUGCACUAACUGAAGAUCGAGCAAGAGAUAAUGUGGUGAAGCUUAUUAAUGGCAUACAGAAUGUGAAUAUACUUCACUUAACUCCUGUUUCCUUCAAGGCGAUUUCUCUUUGCUGUAAAAGGAUGCCGGUUUUCAAGAACCUUACAGUUUUAAAUAUUAAGACAGUCAUGAUUCAAGGAUGGCAAGGAAUGCCACUUCUUCUAAGGAGCUGUCCACAUUUAGAAAGUCUAUACAUUGGGGUAUCAUAA